GGUAAGGCUGAGAGGGUUCCUGUGGAGCUGUAUUAAGACGGACUCUUCACAACUGGGUUCAGUGACAGCUCUGAAGCAGGAGUAUACAGUGGACCAAGAGACUCGGAUAGAAGUGGAAAACUGAGAGGGCUUUAUUAAGAGGACUUUAUUCAGGGGCUUUAUUAAGGGAAGUCAGAAGAAGGAAGGCAAACAUUUGUUGGCUGGUUUGCCGGCCAUGGGGAACCUCAUUAAGGUCCUUGGCAAGGAUUUAGAGAACUGUCCUCAUUUUUUCCUGGAUUUUGAAAAUGCUCAGCCCACAGAGGCUGAGACAGCUGUGUGGAACCAGGUUAGUGCCGUGCUGGAAGAAGCCCAUGGGAUACUGGCGGAGUUACAGUCUUACAAUGGAGCAGGACAAGAAAUAAGAGAGGCGAUUCAGAACCCCAAUGAUCUCCAGUUGCAGGAGAAAGCCUGGAAUGCAGUAUGCCCCCUAGUGGCCAAGCUCAAGAGAUUCUAUGAAUUUUCUCUCAGGCUAGAGAACGCCCUGCGCAGUCUUUUGGAGGCCCUCACUAGCCCACCCUACGCUCCCAUCCAGCAUCUGGAGAGAGAGCAGGCCCUCGCCAAACAGUUUGCAGAGAUCCUGCACUUCACGCUCAGCUUUGAUGAGCUCAAGAUGACAAAUCCAGCCAUACAGAAUGAUUUUAGUUACUAUAGGAGGACCAUCAGCAGGAAUCGGCUGAACAACCAGCAGGCUCUUACCGGUGUUAAUACCUAUGCAUGCAUGUUGCAGAACAAGACUUUGCCAAUUGAGGACACCACAGAUUGUCUGAGCACUAUGGCCUGUGUGUGCCGUGUCAUGUUGGAGACUCCGGAGUACCGGUGCCGUUUUACUAACACAGACACCAUGCUGUUCUGCAUGCGUGUGAUGGUGGGCGUCAUCAUCCUUUAUGACCAUGUUCAUCCAGUGGGUGCCUUUGCCAAGACCUCCAAGAUUGAUAUGAAGGGCUGCAUCAAGGUGUUGAAAGAGCAGCCUUCAAACAGCGUAGAGGGACUGUUGAACGCACUGAGGUAUACAACAAGACAUUUAAAUGAUGACAGCACCUCUAAACAAAUCAGGGCCCUGCUUCAAUGAGAGCAGGAGGAGAGUGAGAAAGAGCGACCGCAGAGAAAGAGACUGUCAGAGAACAUACGACGGUGGCUGGCAAACCUCUGAAACCUGCUUGUUUACAAGAGCAAAAUGCAACUUGAUCUCAAAUUAAAUAAGAUAUUCUAGAAAAGAGAAAGGAAUAUGAAAAAAUAAUAAUAUAUAUAUAUACAGUAUAUAUAUAUAUAUAUAUAGAUUGUUGAUGGUUCAUCAUCAUGUGUCAUUUUAUAAAAGCAGGAAAAAUAGAUAUAUAUAUAUGUAUAUUAAAAUUCAAAAAUCAAACAAAACCACCGGAUACAAAUAUAAAGGUCUUAAAAAACGUAUUAAACUUUUAGGACUCGAAUUCAAACGCGAUAGUUAAAACCACCAACAAAAUGGUUCAUUUUCCAAGUUUCAUCUGAGAGUAUUUUUGCACACUUGAAAAGGAUUCCCAAUUCACAGGAAAGACUUUAACGUGGCUUGAAACCAUGUAUAGUCCAGAUCCAUUUUCAUGCGUUUAGACUUGAUUUGAUUUGUAACGCCUUUGCCUCAUUAUCCUCGAUAUGCUUCAUCCAAUGCAUUCUGGGAAUCGUGGGUUUCCUGAUAAAACUGCAAUCCAUGGCAUUUUCUCUUUGGCACAACGUCUGUUACAGAAUAAAUGUAAAGAUCACAUACUUGAGACACAUCUCAAAUGUGUUCUAUAGCCAUCUAGCUGUAUAUAUUCGGAAAGCACAGGAUAGUUUUGUACAGAAAUGAAGCGUUUUGUUAGACUUCUUCACUAGUGCUGUACAGCAAUACUCUACCGAGGUGACAACUGCGAACACGAUCAUUUGAAAUGCCUUCAUACCAAUGUAAGAGACGUUGGAUAAUGAUAACAGCUCGUCUGUGGAGGUUAAAGGCCAGUUGUACAUAUCAUGAGACAAACAAUCCUUUAAAUAGCUUGAUUUUUUUUUUUUGCUCUUGUAAAGCUUGGAUGCUAAACGGAGUGAGUAAGCCAUGAAACUGAAAUUCAGACGCAAACACACAUUCUGCCCUGUGCCAUAGCUGCUUCCCGUACCACUGCGUCUCAUUCAGAGUCCAAACACAGCCACAUAUUACAAACAUCAUCUGUAGAAAGUGAGAAACAACUAAACCAAAUCACACCAUUGUGAAUGACAACACAGCGAUGUGGAUUUGCUUUCCUCUGUAUCCAAAAGCAAAGCAUAGCCAAAUGAGACUGCAACAUUGCCUUUUAGAUAAAUAGAAGUGAUGCACUGUGUGACGUUCGAGUGAUUCGUUUUGUCAUGAACACAAUCUAAAACUUGAGAUACAUUAUAUACACUCAGAAAACAACAGACUUGAAGCUGUAAAACACUUGGUGUAAAUAAGAGGAGUUUUCUUGUGGACUCUUAUGAGGCCUAAACAAAUGUUCAGUAGAGAUGUG